AUGUUGAGGGCUUUCGCUCGGAAUCUAGGGGAGGGAACUAUCACUCGAGCUGAGAUAACGAGGUUGGUACAUGGACUUCAAGCUGCCUGGGAGAUGGCGAUCAGGAAAUUGAUCGUGCAGACGGACUCAAGGACGGCUAUUCAGCUAAUCACGAUGGCGGGUUUUCGUCACCCACGCUCAGCUAUGAUCUUGGAAGCUCAGAGACUCCUCGCUCAGGAUUGGGAGGUGGAGCUUCAUCAUGUGUUUAGAGAGGGUAAUGUUGUUGCUAGACCUGGCAAUCGGGUCGGGUCGGGUAAUUUCGGUUUGAGAACUUCGGUUACGGGUCGGGUCAUAUUUGGUUGGCUUAUUUCGGGUCAAAUAUUGGCCCAACCCAUUCGGUUUCGGGUCGGGUUACAGGUCAUUUCGGGUUAUGAGCGUUCUCAGAAACAAUAUCAAACAUGCUUCAUAUUUUCUUAA